CCAGCAGCGCUCAGAGCGGCACGUAUAUAAAGCUGCUCGGCGGCUCUCCGCUCCACUGGCAGCGGUGAGAGGAGGCGGACAUACAGCUGCAGCAUGGCAGAUACCGGAGUGGGGACGCAGCAGAGUGGAGGCACGUCAGCACCACCUUCCACAGAGGGAAAGCAUCCAAACAUGAACUCCCAGCAACAGUGUGGUAAUGGGUGCAACCACCAGGGUCCAAACCAGAACCAUAAACCAGAGACUGUAGGGUUACCUGAGACCCAGGUGCUGCCCAUGCCAAUCCCAGACCUUCCCAUCCAAUACACCAAGUUGUUCAUCAAUAACGAGUGGCAUGAGUCCUGCAGAGGAGGGAAGAUUCCUGUGUAUAAUCCCGCCACAGGGAAGCUGCUGUGUGAAGUGGAGGAGGCUGACAAUGAAGAUGUUGACAAGGCAGUGAGGAGUGCCAGAGCUGCCUUCGAGAUGGGGUCACCGUGGCGAUCCAUGGACGCCUCAGACCGGGGUCAACUCCUGACAAGACUCGCAGACUUGGUGGAGAGAGACCGGCUUCUACUGGCAACACUGGAGGCUCUGGACUCUGGCAAAGUGUUUCUUAUGGCAUAUUUUGUGGAUUUGAUGGCAACAAUCAAAACCUUGAGAUAUUAUGGUGGCUGGGCAGACAAGAUUCACGGCAAAACCAUCCCCGUAGAUGGAGAGUAUUUCACUUAUACAAGACAUGAACCCAUUGGAGUUUGUGGCCAGAUCAUACCUUGGAACUUCCCUGUGAUGAUGUUUGCAUGGAAGAUUGCUCCUGCUCUGUGCUGUGGUAACACUGUGGUCAUCAAACCUGCUGAACAGACCCCAUUAUCAGCCCUGCACAUGGCUGCGCUCAUCAAAGAGGCUGGGUUUCCCCCAGGUGUGGUGAACGUGGUGCCUGGUUACGGUCGGACAGCAGGCUGUGCCAUUUCCCACCACAUGGACAUUGACAAAGUCGCCUUCACUGGAUCGACUGCUGUUGGGAAACUGAUCCAGAAGGCUGCAGGUGACAGCAACCUGAAAAGAGUUACACUAGAACUCGGCGGAAAAAACCCAAAUAUUGUCUUUGCUGAUUGUGACUUAGAGUACGCAGUGGAGCAGGCCCACAGCGGCCUGUUCUUUAACCAGGGUCAGUGCUGUUUGGCUGGAUCCAGGGUGUUUGUAGAGGAGCCGAUUUACGAGGAGUUUGUCCGACGCAGUGUGGAGAAGGCCAAAUCCAAAGUCCUUGGAAACCCACUGCUGCCGGGGGUUGAUCAAGGACCACAGAUUGACCAGAAGCAGUUUGAUAAGAUAAUGGAGCUGAUAGAGAGCGGGAAAAGGGAGGGGGCCACGCUGGAGUGUGGGGGGGCCGUGUGGGGUCAGCCGGGACUUUUCAUCCAACCCACCGUCUUCUCAAAUGUCACAGACGAUAUGCGUAUCGCCAAAGAAGAGAUUUUUGGUCCAGUGCAGCAGAUCAUGUGUUUCCGUAGCGUCCAUGAGGUCAUCCAGAGAGCCAACACCACGUACUAUGGCCUUGCAGCAGGAGUGUUUACCAGUGAUAUCGACAAAGCACUGACUGUGUCCUCUGCUCUGCAGGCUGGCAUGGUCUGGGUGAACUGCUACAAUGCCAUGAGUGCUCAGUGUCCCUUUGGUGGUUUCAAGAUGUCUGGGAAUGGGAGGGAACUAGUUGGUGAGAGUGUUUUCAGGCCCGAGUACUGUCUGCAGGCAUGAUCACAAGCUGCAUGUAGCCCCACCAGCCUCCAUCGUAACAUUUGGUAACAGAAUGGUAAAUUGACACUGACUUCCUAAAACAUGUACAGUAUAUGAUGCAGUAUUUACUAUACAAUCUUGUGAAGUGGUCACAGUUUAAAAUAUGAGGGUGCUCUUUUUUUCUCUUAAUUCUCCAAUGCUGAUGAAUUUAGGUCUACACAGCCACAUUUACAGUAGUAUUUUAGGACUAGAACUGGAGGAGCCUUUUGGAUGAGAGGUUGAGGUCUUCAAGAAACUAAAGUCCAGUUGCCUACGAUAUAGCACAUGACCUGAUGACUGAGAACCUUUAUCAACACACUUUUGUACAUGUAACAUUGCAACUAAACAUAUCACUAGUUACUGUGGCAGUUUUUCUUUACAAACCUGUGAUGUUUUGUUUCAUUCCAGGGGGGAAUAUGCUCUUCAGGAGUACACUGAGGUCAAGGCAGUCACCAUCAAAAUCUCACAGAAGAACUCAUAAUGCUUUCAUAUCACUGGACUUUUUCCUGCCACCUGAUGGCUUCAGAUCCUCAACAUUCAUACAGCACUGGGAUGUUUCAUAUGCCCCUCCAUGCACAUUUACUCCUGUUAUUUCUCCUAAGAUAUUUCUAUUUUUUCAACUUUUAUCAACAUUGUGCUGACUUCCAUGUAUCAAUGUCCUUCUAGUGCGCUAUCGAUGUAUUUAACAGUUUAGUGGUCAGCGUGUUCUCUCUUGUAGUGUCUUCGAUGUUUAUUAGCUAAAGAGGUAAUGAAUUGAAUAGCACUUUGCCAGAAAAGAAUUAUUUUAAUAGCUGUCAUACAAAAAAAUAAAAAGACAAUUUACAUACUACUUACAGGGAUUUCCAAAUGAAAUCAAUAAAUCUGUCGACCUUGAUCAGUAAAACUGAUUGCAAUAUAGUAAACAUGACCAUUCUAUCUAUCUGUACACAAAAAGGAACUGUUUUGUUUUGCAUUUUGUUGUAAUGAAAGCAUUAAUACAGAUAAAACAGUCAUAUCUGUGCCCGUUUAUUCAUCUGUCGAAACUGAGGAUGGUGGAAGCUGUCAUGUGAUUUUUCUCAUUACACUGAACUGAGUAAUUGGCAUGUAGAAUCAUCACUUUUCAUCAGUCAAUACCAUUAAAACCCUCCAUGUACUGCAUGAUUUUGACU